ACCCCACCGGCAUGUUCUUCUGCCUCCCUGCCCUUCCCGUGUCACAUGACAGGGGGGCUUACAGGCAGAAGGAUCUGCUCGGAGGGGUCAACCAGAUCGACUUCUCCACCUUCCAGGACACGCUGUUGAAGACUCUCAGAAGAGGGGACGUCGCCAUGAUCAAAGUCCCCCGCAGUGUUCCCGGGAGCCUUGCAGAAGAAGGGGGUCCCAACUUCACCACGACCCAGAGCCCUGCGCAGCGGGCGGAGGAGGAGCUGAGGAAGGUGGAGGAGGCCUACGACAUCGCCAACACGGAGAUCAGUGAACUGAAGGAGAAGCUGAACGCAGACUACGGCCCAGAGAGGGAGUUCCUGUACCUCAGCAGCCAAUGCUUCCAGCUCAAGGUGUACGACGAGUACACCUACACCCUGUGUCCCUUCAACCAGGUCUCCCAGACCAGCGAUGCGGGGACCGAGUUCUUGCUAGGGUAAGUGGGCGGAGGACAGCUUACUUUAGCUGGGUGGUUUAUAAAUCAGGGACAAGCUACAGUAAUGCAUGUGUCCC